ACCUUGGAUCAGAAGUGUGCUGUUGCUGACUGAGAAGCGUUAUUCGAAAGAGCCGGUUGAUCGCUUUACAAACAUGUCUCUGCGGGUCACCAGAAACAAGCUUACUAUAGCUGAAAACAAUGUGAAGGCCGGUGUUGCUGGAAAGAGGGUGGUGGCCGCCAAACCAGGUUUACGGCCCCGCACUGCCUUGGGAGACAUCGGCAAUAAGGCUGAGCCUAAAGCAGCUCUGAAGAAGGAACUGAAGCCUGCGGUGAAGGUUGUCAAGAAAACAAAGGCUGUGGACAAAUUACCAGAACCAUUGAAGGUCAAAGAAAAUGUUUGCCCUAAACCUGUUGAGGUGGUGCCCAGCUCUCCCACUCCCAUGGAGACAUCGGGUUGUAUUCCUGAUGAUGAGCUGUGCCAGGCCUUCUCUGAUGUCCUGAUUGAAGUGAAGGAUGUGGAUGUUGAUGAUGAAGGGAACCCAAUGCUGUGCAGUGAAUACGUGAAGGAUAUCUAUAAUUAUCUGAGGAGCCUGGAGGAUGCUCAAGCAGUGAAGCAAAACUACCUCCAUGGACAGGAGAUCACAGGCAACAUGCGUGCUAUACUGAUAGACUGGCUGGUCCAGGUUCAGAUGAAAUUCCGCCUGCUUCAAGAAACCAUGUUUAUGACGGUUGGAAUAAUCGACAGGUUCUUGCAGGAGCAUCCAGUUCCUAAAAACCAACUGCAGCUUGUGGGAGUAACAGCCAUGUUCCUUGCUGCAAAGUAUGAAGAGAUGUACCCUCCAGAGAUCGGAGACUUUACCUUUGUGACAGAUCACACCUAUACAAAACUCCAAAUCAGAGAAAUGGAAAUGAAGAUCCUGCGUGUCCUCAAUUUUGAGAUCGGACGGCCAUUACCCCUGCAUUUCCUCAGGAGAGCAUCCAAAAUCGGAGAAGUCACUGCAGAACAGCACAGUUUGGCCAAAUAUCUUAUGGAACUUGUCAUGGUGGACUAUGAGAUGGUACACUACCCACCAUCCAAGAUUGCGGCUGCAGCAUCUUGCUUGUCUCUGAAAGUCCUGAAUGCUGGUGACUGGACUCCAACACUACAGCAUUAUAUGACUUAUUCUGAAGAGGCCCUUGUCCCUGUUAUGCAACACAUGGCCAAGAAUAUCCUCAAAGUGAACAAAGGACUCACCAAACACAUGACUGUCAAGAACAAAUAUGGCAGCAGCAAGCAAAUGAAGAUCAGCACCAUCCCGCAGCUGCGAUCUGACAUUGUUGUGAACAUGGCGCGUCCCUUCAUCUCCUAAAGGACCUUUCCAAUCUGUAUAGUACCGGCUUGUUGGCACCAUGUGCUUCUGUAAAUAGCUUUUUAAAGUGUUUUUAAUAAAGUUCAUUUUUACUGUAA